AUGGAAUCAGAAAGUGGUUAUGCUGGGUUCAAGAUGGAAGGGAAGAACUCCGGUGCCUCGAUGUACAUUCGUUCUGACGAUGAUCUACCUAGGAAGCUUCAGGAUGGGGCCUGCUGCAUCAACAUAUACGUGAACAACAACGUUCAGGGUGUCAACAACUCCAUCCUGGCAGAGAGCCAAGUGACCAUGAAGAAUCCUGGCGUUGCCAUCUAUCUGGAAUUCGUCGAAAGAUGGAAUCAGAAGCGGAAGAGGACAGUCUCGAAGAGGAAAUGUAGGACGAAAAGGGAAGAUGUAGUGAAGAAGAAGAAGAAGAAGAAGAGUUCAGGAUCAGGUUCGAAGCUGGGGUUGUUGGUUGGGUUUCCUGGGAUGUUGGUUUUCUUGGGGACUUUCUUUUUAGUUUCCGUGUUCCUGUCGCUGACAUAG